UUUUCAUAUUAGAAUGGAAUAAAAUGUAACUUGCCGGCUUAGUGGCAUUUAUUCACAAAUCAUGACUAAGGAGAGAUUUAUUUUCUUGUUGAAAGACACACAGUUGAACAAGGUUCCAUUUAUUGGAGAUCAUAAGUUCAAAUUAACAAAAGAUAUCGCAAAAUUUGGUGUGAGAAACUUGAAAGGAGGACAUGCUAGGAGACCGGAAGUAGCUGGUGCAAAAAUGUAUGGUGAGCAAGAAGUGAUAAAAUAUAUAGCAAAUGAACGUAACACGGCAAUACAACGGGAUAUGACCCUUUAUGCAUUGAAUCUUAUGAAUGUUCCGUCUGCAGGAAAAAGAAAAGAAAUGUUUCUUGAUAUCGGAUGUGGUAAUGGUGUUUCUUCACAAAUAAUUGAAUCUAAAGGGCACAUGGUUAUAGGUGUAGACAUUAGUCAAAGUCUUCUUGCACAUGCUAAAUCGAACACAUCAUUGAACGAUUUUGUACAAUUAGACGUUUCUACUGGAGUAAACUUUCGACCUGAAACAUUUAAAUAUGCUAUAAGUGUUUCGGUUUUGCAAUGGUUCAUAAAAGAACAUUAUUUACUUAAUCUUUUUCGGACUCUGCAGUUUAUUCUUGAUAAGAACGGUAAAGCAGUGUUUCAAUUUUACCCGAAAGUUGUUACAGAUCUGGAAUUAACUUUAAGCUGUGCUGAAAAAUUCUUUAACGGAUUUCUGGUCAGUGAUUAUCCAAGUGCCAAUAGAGGAGUAAAACUCUUUUUAUAUUUGACACAGAAUUCCAAAGGACGACCAUAGUUACAAAUGAAGAUGUCUUUGAAGUAAAAUUGAGAAUGGAAAUGGGAAAUGUGUCAAAUAGACAACAACCCGACCAUAGAUCAGACAACAGCAGAAGGUCACCAACAGGUCUUCAAUGCAGCGAGAAAUUCCCGCACCCGGAGUCGUCCUUUAGCUGGCCCCUAAACAAAUAUAUUGUAAGUGGCUGUUUUUAUUUCUAUGAUGGACUAAAAAGUGACGA